UGAAGUGAAGACUAAAUUGUUUUCUGUGCGAUCAUGUGUGCAGUGAUAACCACAAAGCCUCCUGAUAUGCUAGUUGUAAUUCAGAGGGAACCCCGAGAUAAUUUCGCAACUAGUGCACCAUACGUGAGUUCAGUCGGUUGGCGAGGUUUCCUCAGAAAAGUCGUAUAGCUAUGGAGCGGGAAAACUACAGUGCGGAAUAUUUCGAGAAAGCUUUGGCCAAAGCUUACGGUUGUGAAAUGCUUCGCGUGGAGAACUUUCACAUCAAGGCGGUGAGCCAAGAGGGCGAGAACUUUUGCAGCGUCAUCUACCGGGUGGCAUUGGACUUUCGCCGGUGUCACGGCGGCGCUCUAGAAUCAGGGAAAUACAUUCUCAAGGAUCUGCUGCCCGCCGCCGCUGCGCUGGGCACAAACGAGAAGGAUAUGUUCGAGCUACUUCUGCCAGCCAUGUCAGCCAUUCUCGAAGGAGCGCCAACGGAGAUUGGCGAGCACAAGCUGAGCGCAGACUGCUUGCUGGUCGAGAUAUCUCCUGAAAAAGAGCUCUACAUCCUGGAGGAUCUGGGCGCCCUGGGAUACAGAUCCUUUGAUCGGCGUCAAGGCUUAAACCUGGAGGAGGCCAAGAUUUGCGUAAGGAAGCUGGCUCAGUUCCACGGUGCCUCCAUAGUUUUGAAUCAGAACCAACCGGAAUUGGUGCAAAGGCUUGACCCUUCUCAUUAUGCCAAUGGAUUUACUGAUCGCUUCGCCCAGGCUCUUGUAUUGGAUGGCGUCGAAUAUGCCGCAGGAUCUUUUGCCGAUGAACUGCCAGAGAUAUCAAGAAAAAUUAAGGCUCAAGUGCCAGUCGCAUAUACGCAAAGGAUGCGAGAUGUCGUUGAUCCAAAGCAGUCAUCGUUAAAUGCAGUUAUCCAUGGCGAUCCCUGGUUAAAUAACAUAAUGUUUGAUUCAGUUAACAAGACAGCAACACUUGUGGACUUCCAGAACUGCUUCUGGGGCAGUCCGGCCAUUGACUUGUAUUUUCUUUUUUACACCAGCCUAAUGCCUGAGUUACUGCAAAACAGUCAAGAUGAGCUCCUGAAGCACUAUUUUGACAACCUUCUGGAAACAUUGCGACAUUGCGGCUACAAAGACACACUGCCCACUUUUGGCCAAUUAAAGGAUGAGAUGCAACGGUGUUUGUUUUAUGGUUAUUACACCGUAGUUUGUGAACUGCCCAUAUGUUGUGCUUCUCUUGAGGCAAGUGUCGACUUCGGGGUUCACACCUUCUUAGAUUCGGAAGCUAUGUUAAAAAAGCGCCACCAAUUAUUUGACAGCGAACGAGUGCGUCAGACCAUAAAGGCCACUCUGCCUAUGUUGGAUGAGGAGGGUAUACUAGAAACCCCCUAAAAAAGAUCCUUUUUAUUUCUUGAAGUUGUUUCCUGUAAUAAUAAUUUGUCUUGUCAGUAUUUGCUAUGAUAAGCGGUUCCUUGAAUUAGUUCUUGACCUUUUUAAAAACCACAGUGAAAAUAAGUA